AAUGAUAUACUAUUACUUAGUUACUGGGAUCUUCCACACCAUUUGAAGACUUGUUUGUUGUACUUGUGUAUAUAUCCAGAGGACUACAAGAUCGAGUGUAGAGAACUGAAAUGGAAAUGGAUGGGUGAAGGAUUCCUUGAUAGACGAUGGGGACGUCUGGAUGAGGUAGCAGAGAACUGUAUCAAUGAACUUGUUAAUAGAAAUAUGAUCCAGCCAACUGAUAUUGAUGAUGAUGGUACUGUGAAAUAUUGUCGAGUCCAUGAUAUGGUGCUUGACCUUAUCAUAUCCUUAUCGGAUGAAGAGAAUUUUGCCACUGUUUUAAAUGGGCGUGUAUGCAAUUCAUUUCCAAACAAUAUUCGACGUCUGUCCGUGCAAGUUAGUGGCAAAGAGCAUAAUGGCACAAACCGUGCGAUUACAGAAACCAAGCUACAUCUUCGCUCACUGACUACCUUUUGGCAAGUUCAGCAAGUACCCCCCCUUGUCCUUGUGGACUUCCAUGCUUUGCGGGUGUUGGAUCUUGAGGGAUUUUUUUAUUUGGAAAACAAGCAUGUAAAACAUAUAGGAAGUUUGCGUCGGCUGAGGUAUUUGAGAAUUCGCAGUAAGAAAAUUACUGAGCUUCCUGGUGAAAUAGGAAAGCUGCAGCACUUACAGACUCUCGAUUUGAGACACUGCUAUUCACUUCUCAGACUGCCACCAACCGUGGCGCAGUUGUGGAAAUUGGUGCGCCUAUUUGUCAGACAUGAAACACAACUACCUCCAAGUGGGUUCCGGAGUCUGGAAGCCUUGGAGGAGUUAGACUUCCAGAAAACUGACGACCCAGUGAGAUUUGCGGAGGAAGUAAAUGAGUUGGGCAAAUGCAACCUUUGCUGUCUUCGUACUGGUGGAGAGACAGCCGAGCGUCUGUUCUGUAACCCAUGCUGGACCUACCCUUCCCUCCAAGUUCUUGAAAUUUGGCCACAUAUUGGAACGGUUCCCAGGGGAAUGGCCUCCCUCAAGAAUCUCGUGAAACUAUGCAUACGGGUCAAGGAAUUUGAUAAGGAGGGUCUCCAAAUCCUCAUGGGCAUUCCUUCUCUGGGCCAUCUUCAGCUAUGGGUUACAGAGGUCAUCGAAGAGAAGCUGACCGUGGGUAGCGAUUCUGUUUUUCUACUGAAACCAACAAAUGGACUGCGGCUAACAUUUGAACCGGAUGCUGUGCCAGCACUCCGACAGCUCCGUCUUGUCUUGAGCCCAAUGUGGGUGGGGUCCGACUUCUUUGCAUACUUGGGUGCCGAGCAUUUUUCAGGCCUUGCACACCUCGAGGUCGAAUUUGAUUGUUACAGAGCAGCUCUAGGCAGGGUGGAGGCUUUGGAGUCUUCCAUUAAAAAAGCAAUCAACCUGCACUCCGACUGCGAGAUGCGUGUCCAUAGAAUCCAUGAACAUGGCAUGUUUAAGGAUGAAAAGGAAUGGGAAGAGGCCGUCGUAGAAGACAGAAAGAGGGUGGAAAAGAUUGAGCUAUUAAGGGGUCUGAUGGAGAUACCGGCCACCAAGAACUAG